GAUGCUGGUGUGUUUCAGAGGAAGUUGUGUGCGCUUACGUUGAAAAAGAGGGGGCAGAGCUAUUGAAUAGGAUAACAGUUCAUGCAGACCCAGUGAGAAGGACAGACGGAAGAGACCAGCAUCCAGCACAGAAUGGCAGAGACGCACAACUGUCAGGGUGAAGAUCCCGAUAAAAUGACGAAAAUCUGCAAGAAAUGCGGCGGUCGCGCUGGUAGAAGACGGGGGAUAGCGCCCGUCUCACAUGAACCAUUGAAGUUUGAAAAAUGGGGGAAAGAAGAAUACCGAAGUCUUGAUACUCGAAAAAUGGUUUGUCACCCGGAUGGCCCACCAAAUCGAUGACUAGGGGGAUCGGAAUGAUCAAGACUUAAUAAAGACAUGGACUGGCUGCCUGUUCCAUUCCCUCCCCAUGAAGUAAGAAGACAGCUAUACCCCAUUCUACUGGACAUUGAAGUGGAGACAACUGCUUUGUCAUCAAGAUGGCGGCGUUGAUUUGGGAGCUAAUUGGAUUUUUGAAAAGCUGACUGUAUGGACUUUUCAAGAUUUUAUUUUACUGGAUAAGAUGCAUCAAUUGGAAUUACUUUGAAAACUUUGACAUGGACUCUUGUGUUUUGGAUGUGCUGGCAAUUCUUUGGAUUCAAUUGUUUGAAUAUUGUAAUAGUUUCCUUUACUGAAUUCAGUUACACUACUUUUGUACUUCUGUGAUUUCCUAAUAGGAUGUUAUUUAUGUUAAAUAAAACAUUGCAAUUUUCACUAUUCUGACUUUCUUUCAUUGAUCAAUAUGCUACUCAAGAAUGUUACAAGACUAUUGUAUUUUCGCUAAAUGUGAAAAUUCUCUCCAACUGAAUCAAUUUUACUCAAAUGUAAUCAAGUUUCUGGUAUUUUCUGGGGCUUCCGAUUACUCCUGUUUACUGGAAGGUAUGAUACAUUUGCCUUGUACAAUCUAAAUUGACAUUUAAUAGUGCUAGCUAAAUUAGGCCUACUAACUUUAAAUAAGAUCGGAGGAAUUGGAGGGUAAACGCAAGUCAUAGUUUACACAACUUUUUAUUUGGUGAACUUUUACACCUAUUACGCUAAGGUUUUUUUGCUCAAGCGUUUACGCUACUUGUCUCCAUUACGAGCAAUACUUAACAAUGUAGCAACUUUCUUUUACUAUUUAUAUCCCUGGUUAAUUUAAUUGACCAGUUUAUUACUUCCUACACUUUUUGUAGGACUGUUCUGUGUUCACAAUCCAACUCGUAAUUGGCAAACAUAUAUUUUAUUUUUUUUGAAAAAUACUGAAGUCAAAUGAAAGGGUAUGGCUUCUAGUGAUCAACGCAUUACAUGGUGUUGGGGCUGGCUAAUCCAUACAGUUAUACUCUGCAUUUCUACAUAGCUCUACAUAAUACACAUUUAAAACAGAGCCUUUGGCAAGAACCGAAAUGGUGGCCAAGGCUCUGCCUCUAAAAUGGCUCCUGAAGUCAUACUUCCUGUCUGAGCAGGAAGUGAUGGGUCUUAGUGUUUCAUUUUUUUUGUACAAAUAUAACUCUUAUUGAUAAAAUAUGGAUAUGACUUUGGCAAAGGCUAUCCUCUUGAAGUGAAGCAACUUUUUAUGAAAUAAAAAUGUAAUAUAGGUUUGCCGUUUUUAUUCAAAAUAAAGGGGGUGGGACUUUGGGACAUCACCUGAGUGUGGGGUAAAUGGAAAUAACGUCAAUCAAAGGCAAAGCUUUCAGAGCUAGGAAGGAGCUCUAGAUGGCGGAUGAGCCUUGGGAAGGGGAACAAUUCAUUGGGCUUUCGUCAGCCCUUUUCUUUUUCAUGAAAUCAAGCUGGAAUAUGCCGCUCUAUGAAUAUUUUUUUAUUUAAAAUAAAAACUAGUACUAUAGUGAACAGUAGAUUAGGUUUACUGCUUUUAUUUAAUUCGUUUUUCGUCGUGUAUAUCGGUUUUACUGAGUGUAUGCGCGAGUCGUUGUCUUCUCUGCCUAGGUCUGGCAGCCAUGGCGCGCCUCCAUUUUUCGUCUGCUCUGUGAAGAGCUCUAGCCUUUCGUAUCACGAUCACUUGUGUUGACGCUUCAAUAUCCUAUUAAUGUUUUUUUCCCCCCUAAUGUUUACUUUCAUUCAACCUUUUUUUUUUUAAAUACCUUUUUUUUGGUCAUGAGUAUUAUAUAGUCUAUAGCCUACUUUGCGGAUGUGAAUCUAAUACUUCAUUAUACCUUACUGUACAUGGAAUAGCAAAUACCAGCACAUAAGAUCAUCAAAUCCAACGUUUUCAAGUUAAAACGAUGAUGAAGAAUAAGAAUAAAAAGCAAGAAGAUGAAGGUUCGACUCAAAGCAAUGCAUCAAGCAAUUCGGCCUCAGAAGAAUCGAACCACUCUGGGUUGGAGUCUGGGAGUCAGUCGGAGAGUGAGCAGGGCAGGGAGAGGAGAAGAUUGCAUCACUCAGGAGAAUCCAACAGCUCUUCUGAAUCUGGGAGCCAGUCCGGGUCUGAGAGUGAAUCCCAGCAGGCCUCGGCAGAGGUCAAGGACAGACAACCAGUUAAAAAGAAAGACAAUCUGUCAGAUGUGAAGAAGAUGUGGGAAGAGCAUCCAGAUGUCUAUGGGGUCAGGCGAUCAAAUCGCAGUAGACAAGAACCUGCUCGUCUCAAUAUUGGAGCUGGGGGUAGCAGUGACUCCGAAGGUGAAAGUCCUAAAAGAAAAGCACCACGACAGAAGAAGAAAGAAAAUACCUGGAAAAGUGAUGAAUCGGAUGAUGAUGAUGAUGAUGAGGAGGAUGCCAGCAGUGCAGACAGUGAGCAGGAAGAGAAAAAAGUUAGAUCCAGACGACUUCCUGCUAGAAGACCACAGAACAAAUCAUCUACAGUCAAAAAACCGCAGCCUCCAAAGGGAAGGAAAACCAGGAAACAAGAGUCAUCUGUGGAGGAGGAUGAUGAUGAUGAUGACGACGAUGAUGAUGAUGAUGACGAAGAUACCCCAAAGAGACAAACCCGGCGAAGGGUGUCUGCUAAAGUCAGUUACAAGGAGGACCAAAAUGACUUUGAGACGGACUCUGACGACCUGAUAGAGAUGGAGGGAGCUGAGGUGGAGCCGGAAGAUGACAGCGAGACCAUUGAGAAGAUCAUGGAUACCAGGACAGGCAAAAAAGGAGCCUGUGGGGCUUCCACUACCCAGUAUGCUGUGGAGGAAAAUGGGGACCCAGGAGCCGACUUUGACCCAGAGAAGGAUGAGGGAGAGACCCAUUACCUGAUCAAGUGGAAAGGCUGGUCCUACAUCCACAACACCUGGGAGAGCAUCGACUCCCUCACUCAACAGAAGGUCAAGGGACUCAAGAAACUAGACAACUUCAAGAAGAAGAACGAUGAGCUCAAUGCUUGGUUGAGCAAAGCAUCCCCUGAGGAUUCAGAAUAUUACAACUGCCAGCAAGAGCUAACCACUGAUUUAAAUAAGCAGUUCCAUAUUCUGGAGAGAGUCAUUGCGACUAAAACCGGGAAGACACAGGGACUCUCGGAUUUCCCCUCUCACAGCCACAAGAAUGGUGCUUCUUCCAAUGAGCCAGAGUACCUGUGUAAGUGGAUGGGCCUGCCUUAUUCAGAGUGCAGCUGGGAGGAUGGAGCUCUGCUGGGGAAGAAGUUCCAGCACUGUAUAGACGGCUUCACCAACAGGAACUCCAGUAAAACAGUCCCCUCCAAAGACUGCAAAGUGAGUGAGGUGUUGAAACAGAGGCCCAGAUUUGUUGCACUAAAGAACCAGCCAUCGUACAUUGGGGAUGAGAACCUGCAGCUGAGAGAUUACCAGUUAGAUGGACUGAACUGGCUGGCUCACUCCUGGUGCAGGUGCAAUAGUGUGAUCCUGGCUGAUGAGAUGGGUCUGGGGAAAACCAUCCAGACCAUCUCGUUCCUGUCCUACAUGUUCCACCAGCACCAGCUGUAUGGGCCCUCCCUGGUGGUGGUACCCCUAUCCACCCUCACCUCCUGGCAGAGAGAGUUUGACACCUGGGCCCCCGACAUGAACGUGGUGGUCUACUUGGGAGACGUGAUGAGCAGGAAAUCGAUCCGUGACUAUGAGUGGGUAUGCCAUCAGACGAAGAGAAUAAAGUUCAAUGCACUUAUAACCACGUAUGAAAUUCUACUGAAAGACAAGGGGGUGUUGGGGAACAUAAACUGGGCUUUCUUGGGUGUGGACGAAGCUCACAGGCUAAAGAAUGACGACUCCCUGUUGUACAAAACCCUGAUCGAGUUUCGGUCCAACCACAGACUUCUAAUCACAGGGACACCACUGCAGAACUCUCUCAAAGAGCUGUGGUCCCUUCUGCACUUCCUCAUGCCUGACAAGUUUGAAAAUUGGGAAGAUUUUGAAUGUGAGCAUGGUAAAGGGACUGACAAUGGCUACCAGAGCCUCCACAAAGUCCUUGAGCCCUUCCUCCUGAGGCGUGUAAAGAAGGAUGUGGAGAAAUCCCUGCCUGCCAAGGUAGAACAGAUCCUCCGUGUGGACAUGUCUGCUGUGCAGAAGCAGUACUACAAGUGGAUUCUGACCAGGAACUUCAGAGCCUUGCAGAAAGGCACCCGAGGCAGCUCCUCUGGCUUCCUCAACAUCGUCAUGGAGCUGAAGAAGUGCACUAACCAUGGUUUCCUCAUCAAACAGCCUGAGGAAGAGUGUGACACUCCACAGGAGCACCUGCAGGCGUUGGUGAGGGGCAGUGGGAAGCUGGUUCUUCUGGACAAGCUACUGACCAGACUUCGGGACAGGGGCAACAGAGUCCUCAUCUUCUCCCAGAUGGUGCGCAUGUUGGACAUCCUGGCUGAGUACUUGGCCCUGAAGCGCUACCCAUUCCAGCGCCUGGAUGGCUCCAUAAAGGGAGAAAUACGAAAACAAGCACUUGACCACUUUAAUGCUGAAGGCUCUGAGGACUUCUGUUUCCUGCUGUCCACAAGAGCUGGAGGUUUGGGUAUCAACCUUGCCUCUGCAGAUACUGUGGUCAUCUUUGACUCUGACUGGAACCCUCAGAACGACCUGCAGGCUCAGGCCAGGGCUCACAGGAUUGGCCAGAAGAAGCAGGUGAAUAUAUAUCGCUUGGUCACAAAGGGAUCUGUGGAGGAGGACAUUAUUGAGAGAGCCAAGAAGAAGAUGGUUUUGGACCAUCUUGUAAUUCAGAGAAUGGACACCACUGGUCGAACUGUGUUGGAUAACAACUCCGGAAAUUCAAACUCCAACCCAUUCAAUAAAGAUGAGCUGACUGCCAUUCUGAAGUUUGGAGCUGAAGAUCUGUUCAAAGAGGCAGAAGGAGAGGAGACUGAACCUACGGAGAUGGAUAUUGAUGAGAUCUUGCGAUUGGCUGAAACCAGAGAAAGCGACCAGGGAUCAAGUGCCACAGAUGCGCUUCUCUCUCAGUUCAAGGUGGCCAACUUCUCCAACAUGGAGGAGAGUGCUCCAGAGAUGGUGGAGCGGACGGUGCCUGACUGGGACGACAUCAUCCCGGAGGACCAACGGCGAAGGCUAGAGGAGGAGCAGAAGCAGAAGGAGAUGGAGGACAUCUACAUGCUGCCUAGAAGCAGGAGCUCCAAUAAGAGGGCCCAGGCCAACGACAGUGACAGUGACAUUGGCUCCAAGCUGAAGCACCGCUCCUCUGGCUCUGAGAGCGAGACGGACGACAGCGGCGAUGACAAGAAGCCAAAGAGGAGAGGCAGGCCCAGAGCCCGCAAGAACAACGUGGAGGGUUUUACUGAUGCAGAGAUCCGCAGGUUCAUCAAGGCUUAUAAGAAAUUUGGAGCUCCGCUUGAAAGGCUGGAGGGCAUUGCCCGGGACUCAGAGCUGGUGGACAAAUCCCAGGCAGACCUGAAGAGACUGGGAGAGCUGAUCCAUAGCAGCUGUGUGACGGCUGUCCAAGAGCAUGAAGAGCACCUCAGAGAGAACCCCAGUGAAGCCAAAGGUCCUGGGAAGCGCAGAGGUAUUAACAUCAAGAUCUCAGGAGUGCAGGUCAAUGCCAAGUCCAUCAUUCAGCACGAGGAGGAGUUUGAGCCACUGCACAAAGCUGUGCCAGCCAAUCCUGCUGAGAGAAACCAGUUUCAACUGACCUGCAGAGUGAAGGUGCCUCACUUUGACGUGGACUGGGAUCUGCAGGAUGACACUCAACUGUUGCUGGGGGUCUAUGAGCAUGGCUACGGCAACUGGGAUCUGAUGAAGACCGACCCGGAUCUCAAACUCGCAGACAAGAUUCUCCCCGAUGACCCAGAGAAGAAACCUCAAGGGAAGCAGUUGCAGGCCAGAUCAGACUACCUUCUGAAGAUGCUGAAGAAAGAAGCGGACUGUAAAGAUGUUACUAAGGAGGAGGCCAAAGUGAAGAAGAGGAAGCCUCGGGUGAAGAAAGAGAACAAGGCUCCUAAAGAUGAACAGGGCAAUGACAUCUCCUCCCCCCGCAUUUCAGACAACCCCUCAGAGGAAGGGGAGGUGAGGGAUGACGGGACUGAAAAAACUCCCACAAAGAAGAGGCAGAAGAAAAAGGAUAACAAAGAGAACAAAGAAAAACACGGAACUCCUAAAAAAGAGAAGGACGCGGACAAAGACAAAAAACGUCCGAAACCAAAAAAAGAAAAGGCUAAAGGAGCUAAAGGGAAGAAGCCCCAGGGGCCAGUCCACAUUACUGCUGGGAGUGACCCUGUUCCCAUCGGAGAGGAGGACGAUGAGCUGGACCAGGAGAACUUCAGCAUAUGUAAGGAGCGCAUGAGGCCGGUGAAGAAGGCCCUAAAACAGCUGGAUAAGCCUGACGAGGGCCUGUCUGUUCAGGAGCAGCUCCAACACACACGCACCUGCCUGCUGAAGAUAGGAGACCGCAUCACUGAGUGCCUUAAAGCCUACAGCGACCCAGAGCAUGUCAAAACAUGGCGUCGGAACCUCUGGAUUUUUGUGUCUAAGUUCACAGAAUUUGGAGCGAGGAAGCUUCACAAGCUGUACAAGAUGGCUCAGAAGAAGCGGUCUCGGGAGGAGGAGAAGGAGCAUAGAAAAAAGGGGGAUGACCCGUCAGGCAGGAAGAAGUCUUUCCGAGCAGAGGCGUCUGGUUCCAGUCGAGACUCCACCGGCACCCAGCCAUUGUCCAAGUCUCAUCCAGGCAUGCCCCACCCCUCUCCAACGUCCCCCCAUGGUCCUCACAGAGAAGGCUACAACCAGUCCAACAAGCGACACUUUGGAAAUGAUGAUCGAGGAGAUUGGCAGAGAGAUCGUAAAUACAACUACCCUGGAAAUAGCAACCAGCCCUGGCAAAGCGAGCGACAUCAUCCAUAUGACGGCCAUCGGUAUAAGGACCAUCACUAUGGCGACCGUCGUCCGCGUGAAGACUCCUACCGCAGCAGCUCUAGUAGUUACCGUAGUGGCGGCAGCAGCAGCUCCCCUCGGAAGAGGCCGUAUGACCAGUAUGACAGCGACCGAGAACACCGGGACCGUCAUGCCUAUUACGACAGACAUCCAGACUCAAAGCGGAGACGCGGCGAUGACUUCCGUCCUCCCCAAGACUUCAGGGGGAGUGGAGGCCAUCCCCAGGACUUCAGGGUGAGGAUGCCAGAGCAUAGGGGGCCAGCAGGGCCAGAACACUUCACCCGGCCCUAUCCAGACAACAAACCCCCCCCCUUGCUGGACCCACGCUCCCCACAGGCGCAGAAGUCCCCCCAGGACUCGCGCUCGCCAAACGCAGAGCGGACUGCAGAGCAGAAAGCAGCUGGGGCUGAUUUCAACUGGAACAACAGGAAGACAUGAGGACUGCCGCUGAAGGACAAUGUGAGUGUAUUUUGUUCAGGUGAUGAACACAGUGUGAACUCCACAUGCUGCUGAAGGACAUGUCUGGGCUGGCUAGACUCACUGGUUUGCUUGGCCUGACACACCCUCAGUCGCAAAUACUCUGUUUACCAGCAAACACCAAACUCCAAACCCCUCCUCCAGGUGUGACUGUGGUAGUGAACUGUCUGUGCCCAUGUUGAAAUCUAUUACAGAUGUUUUUUUAGAUGAAAUGACAGGUGAUCAGUCAGUGUUAGUGAUGAGUCUGUAAAAUGCCUGUGGAUCACUAGUCCCAUGGACUAUUAUCUGGGGAAAGCUUACAAUGCCUAAAAGGUUGACGUUGACUGAUCUUGGAACAUAAAAGUGCCUACAGUAUUUGGCCUUUUUGACUGUUAGAGGUAUGGGAUUAUUCCCAAAGGAACCAUGACUUUGAUUUUCUUUUUUGUGUUUAGCUUUAUGCCAUUAUGAUGUCCAUAGGAAAUGUUUCUGUAAAAAUGUAAUAUUUAUCAUGUCACCCUCACCUUCAAAUGUUUAUGAAUCUUAAUGUUGAGAUGGUUGUGCAACUAUCAUUUCAUAAAGAGAUGCACCUUCUUCCCAAAAUCCAAAUGGGAGUGCAUCUUUGUCUAAAUUGAAGUGGAGAAUAGUAAAUUAGUCAGUUUGCCAGUACCUAGUCCUCAGAAUGACUAUUUAAAAGGUUUUAAUGAGCAUUUCUCAUUACUGUUGAUAAUCAUUCUUCUGUAAAGACAUUCAUCAUUGCAAGUUUCUUUAAGUUGAUAAAAACCACUUACUCGCUGAUAAGUUGAGGACCUAAUGAAAGGACAACUUUCUAAGCAGUGUAAGGUAAUUCCUUGUGCAAAGGUUCAGAAGAACACUAUGACUAUGUUUAAGCUAUCCCUAAUAACAUUUAUUUGUAGAUGUGCAAAGAAUGAAGCUAUUUCAACCUUAUUUCUGUGUCUUAUGUAUGAAUGGUACUUUUGCAUCUUACAUUGCACUAGAAAUACUGCACUCUACCGCUUUAUUCCACCCAUAAAAGUAUUGAACGAUGUUUGAGAAGACUGGAAAUCAUUUUCUCUUUCUCUAAAGUUAAAAGAUUGUUUGAUUCCCAGCGACAGCAAUGUAACUAACUUCUGGUAAAUUUUCAAAGGGACAUUUGAGUGUUUACGGAUGUGGUUGAUGACGAGCUGUUAUUGGUCAAUCUGGUUCAGUGCCAAACCAGAGACUGGCCCUGCUCUGGUUCUUAUGAUUUCUGGUGUUUUUGUGUGCUUCUCCAUUUGUGCCUUAUUUUUGUGUAUAUUUUCAUACUGUAUAUGGGUUCAUGUACAUUUGUGUACUCUGCUACAGCAAUGAUGCAGUAUUAAACAGUCAUGUUUGAGACUGUUCUCAAUGGAUGCUUGUUAAGUGAAGACUGGAGGUGGGAACAAAUUGUUUAGUUUGUCAUGUUCUUCUGUAACUUCCCACAAGUUAUUGGGAAAAGGAUAAACAGCAUUACACAGGUGAAUCUGUGUAUUAUGUCCUCUGUGGGUAGAUCUGUUACAAGAAAUAGCCAACCAACACCGCCUUCCUUCCUUUUCUCCAUGCUACUGGACCUCUCCUCUUGAAAACAAGCCGAAAUAAUUUAUAUUUGUGAAAGCCACUCUUCACAUGAAAUGUACUGUAAAAAUGUUAAUAGACAUAUGUAUUAAACUUUCCUACAUUAUGAAA